CGUGCGGAAAUGGCACUCAGCCACACAUGAAAGAAGCCAGCGAGAGCGGCUGCACGCUACGUCUCUUGUCUGAGCCGCUUCACCAUCGAGUACGGGUCUCACUGAAAGCAUAAGCUACCAAAGUACCCCCGCCGUGUUGUUCACCGAGGUGUAUGUACACUGUCCCACCAUUUCGAGGGAGUGCAACGAUGCGGUUGAAAGUUUGAAAAACUUUUUUUCGCGACUUUGCUGGAAGCUACGCUACAGUGUUGGCCUGACUUACUAAUGAAUCAGCUGGUGUGUUGGAGGACUUGCUGUGUGUGACAUUUGGACAAAAUGAAGUGGAGUAUAGCCAUUAUCGCUGUUAUGCUCACCUGCGCAGGAAGGCUUGCUACAGGAGAGCCAUGUUCCAAAAUCCUCAAAGAUGAAGUGCCUGAAAUUGUAGGAGAAGACACACUGGUGUUAAAAGCAGGUGACAACGCCACCAUCAAAUGCAUAGGUUCAUGUAGACCAGUUCAUUGGCAUUGGACUCCAGCUAAUCCUUCGGAACAGUAUCCAGACAGCAGUGUGACCACCCUGGAGAUGCCCAAUUUGGCAGAUACAAUCUACAUCAGCGUCCUGCAGUUCAAAUCUGCCCAGUAUUUCCACACUGGUCGCUACUACUGUGACUACAUCCGUAGUGAUAAUACUAUAUCAACAUCAACUGCAGAAAAUUUUGCUUAUCAACCAAUGGGAGGAUUCUUUGGUUUUGGAGAAGUAAAUAGUCCAACUAUGUCGCAAGAAAAACCGCGGGGCUCCAGCAUCAAGGUGUUUGUUUCAGAUCCUGAACACCAGUUUGUUGACGAACAAUCUUUUCCGAUUGUUAGUGUCUUCUUUGGACAUCGUGUCGUGUUGCCCUGUGCUGUGACUGAUCCAGCUAUUAAUGUCACUCUCCAGAAAGAUAUUGGUUCUGAAGACUUAACCAGGUUUGAAGGUGUUACCUUUGACCCUAUUGAGGGUUUUAUUGUGGAAUAUCCAUACUACAUCUUCAGUGGCAUUUUUCAUUGCAUUGCUGAGGGAUUUAAUGACACAAAGGAUCGAAAGCAAUUGUAUCUCAAAUACCAAGAUACUGAGCUCCUGUCACCACCAUCACUUAUUCCAUCUGCACACAGUUUGAAAGUUGGUCAGUCAUUCAACCUUACCUGUCGAGUGGAUGUAAAACCGGACACAUAUGUAGAGUUGUCAAUGGUUUAUGACAAGAGUGGUUCUAUUCAGGAGCGUGUUCGGCUAGGAAUACCCAUACGCGAACGUAUCCGAGAAGAGAAAUAUCAAUAUGAAUACGAUAAAAUAACACUCUUUAUGGAAGUGCUUCAUGCAAAAGUCUCAGAUUCUGGAAUAUACAGAUGUGUAGUUAAGGGCAUUGCACUUUGUCCAGGAUGUCCAAAUGAAAAUAUUCAUAAAACUGAUAUCGCCAUCAAUGUUUAUGAGAAGACAUUUGUAAAUCUGCAGCCAAUGCUGAAGGUGUUGACAGUUACGGACUCUGUGGAGGAAGCAUUCUUGCGUGUGUCAAUCAAUGCUUUUCCCCAACCCACCUUGAAGUGGUACCAUGAUGGAAAGCUGCUUGAAAAUACACUUUUGCAGCGGAUCAGUCAAACAGACAAGGCCUCAAUCCUCUCUAUUCUGCGACCCAGAGUCACGAACAGUGGUACCUACACUCUCCAUGCUUUCACUCCAGAUGCCAAUGCUUCAGCUGAAAUUCAGAUGCUUGUGUAUGGAAAACCAGUGGCAUCCAUCUUGCCUAUAGCCACCCAUGAGGGAUAUGUAAUAGCACAAGCUGGGAAGAAGCACCAUUUGUACUGUCAAGUUGAGGGUCUUCCAGCUGCUAAUGUAACCUGGUUCUUUCAAGAGAUUGCCCUGGAAACUUUUCUCAAAAUAGUUCUGACUGGGAAAGGGUUGAAGAUUCAGAGGAACCACCAAUGUCACAGUCAGAAUUUCGGAUGCAAAAAUGUUGAAAAUGAUGACCUGCCACUCAUAGUGAAAGACUUAGCACCUAUGCCAGUUGUGGCAGGUGAUUCUUUGCGUGUGGUUUGUCGUGCUAACCUCUGGAAGUACCAGUCCGUCACCAUCCAACCAAAGAUACUUCAAGUACAGUCCUCUGAGAGUGUCAAGUCAGUAAACUCCUCCAUUCCGCAAGGCAGUGGCAGCAACAGCAGCUCAGAAGUGUUGACAACAGUGCCACCUCACAAUAUAGCAACACAGGAGUUAACUACUAAAAAAAGAGACCGUUUUUUCCUGUCUUACAGCAGGACACAGUACUCACUAGAAGUGACUGCUUACUUUCCACAUCUACAAGAGGAGGAUGCUGGAGAUUACCAUUGCCGUGCCCACGACUUUAGUGGUGCUAACGAUACAUCAGUGUACUACUUGCGACUGAAAGAUAUUGAGCCUCCUGUGAUUCGGGACUACAGCAGUGGCAUGCGGCGCGUCAGCCUGAUGGCCACGAUCACACUGAAAUGUCAGGCUGCUGGUUACCCUCCACCAAGUAUUACUUGGUACAAAGACGGCGCUCUGAUUAUGGACAAUAGCACACUAAAUGUGACUGUAGAUCGUGAUGGAAGUCUUACCAUUGAAAAUGCAACGUUAGUCUAUGCUGGUCAGUACCGGUGUGCUGCCAGUAACUAUGCGGGCAAAGUAAUGAGCCAGAACAUGACUCUAUAUGUUGGAGAUGACACAGCUUUGGCAGGAUUUUCACCCUUGUAUAUUGGUUUAAUUGUUGGAUGUGUGAUUUUCGCGUUGAUUCUUGUGGUGGUGAUCGUGGCAAUUGCACGCAGGAAAUCUGGUUUUCACCAGGAGCUGGAGAAAUAUCUUAUCCAGCCACAAGGCGAGUACAAUCCAGACAUCCCCAUUGAUGAGCAGACAGGCUGCCUCCCCUAUGACCCCAAGUGGGAGUUUCCAAAGGAUCGUCUGCGCAUGGGCAUGAUUCUGGGACAAGGAGCCUUUGGGCGAGUGAUGAAAGCUGAAGCAAUUGGCAUUGGGGAUUCUCAUGAUGUCACCACGGUAGCAGUCAAGAUGGUUAAAGAUUGCACUGACAAGGAGCAGAUGAUGGCUUUGCUGUCUGAGCUAAAAAUUCUCAUUCACAUUGGGCAACACUUGAAUAUUGUCAAUCUGCUGGGUGCUGUCACAAAGGAUAUUCGCUUUGGUGAGCUGUACGUCAUUGUGGAGUACUGCCACUUCGGCAAUCUACGUAAUUAUCUGCAGAACAAAGACUCCUUCCAGGAUACCAUGGAGGACAACCAGACUGAAGCCAAGAAUAAAGCCGAAGAAGCUGGGGAGAAGAUGAACAAAACCCCCUCCAAGCCUUACUACAUCAACAAAGCAGGGGGACCUGGAGGAAGUGCAGAUGCUGUAGGACCUCCUCUCACCACCAAGAACCUCAUCUGCUGGGCAUUCCAGGUGGCUCGAGGAAUGGAGUACCUAGUCUCCAAAAAAUACAUUCACCGUGACCUGGCAGCUCGUAACAUCCUGUUAGCAGAAGAUAAUGUAGUAAAGAUCUGUGAUUUUGGCUUGGCCAAAGACUGCUACAGGGAUGCUGAGUAUCACAAGAAAGGAGAUGGCCCUGUACCUGUCAAGUGGAUGGCAUUGGAAUCUCUGACCCACAGGCUCUGCACAAGCAAAAGUGAUGUCUGGUCCUAUGGCAUUUUUCUGUGGGAGUUGUUUUCACUUGGUGGUAACCCUUACCCAGGAGUUGAGAUCAAUGAGAAGUUCAUAGGCCUUCUGAAGUCUGGAUAUCGCAUGGACAAACCAAAGUUUGCUUCUGAUGAAAUGUAUAAAGUCAUGUUGCAAACCUGGGAUGCAGACUCUGAAAAGCGACCUACUUUUAGUCGACUGGUCUCAAUCAUGGGGGACUUCCUGGAGGCUAACGUCAAACAGUACUACCUGGAUCUAACAGUACCUUACAUCAAGAUGUCUCCCGAAGAUGGUGCAGUGGGGGAGGAUGGAUACUUGAGAAUGUCCAGUACCCCAGACUACACACAGAUGUCCCCUACCUCAACCACUGGCCCACCUUUGGCUACCUUAGACGAUGACAUAGAGGAUGGUGACCUCAGCGGACAGCCACAUUACAUGAAUCAGCGUGCUUUUCCACGGGAGAAGGGCUCCGAAGUUGAGAUGCAGCCAUUGAUCAGACCCAUCUCACAUGAACGGCGAAGCUCUAUACCCGACGAAAUGGCACCUGGCUUUGUAAAACGAGAAUCACCUAGGCAGGUGCGAACAUUGGCAGAAGUGCACCAGCCUGAUGACAGCGACAGUGGACACUCCAGCAGCUAUGCCCCGGGCACCUCACCCACUGACAAUGCCGGCUAUCUUCUGCCCAAGUCUUUUGAAAGCACAGGCAGUUCCUCAGGCAGCCAGGAAACACGCAGUUCACAGGGUAGAUCUAGGGAGCAUAAAGACUUGGGUGUGGUCUUAAGUCCCACAGACUCUGUAUUCAGCCCAGACUACCAUCUAAACAGUUACCCUCCUCCCGACUAUCGUCUGGUGGUAGAAGAGGAAGGGGGAGAACGUGAACUUCCUGUCUAAAUUAUUCGUUGUUGUCAUCCUUGCUUUUUGCCUUGUUAAUGUGUAAAAAAAUAAGGAAGGCUGCUACAGCUAUAGACUAUAGCAAGAAACCUGCUUAUAUCUUCAGCUGUGCAGAUCAGUACUUUUGCUUUAUUUAGAACCAAACUCUUCAGCACCAACAUUUUCCUGAUGCAGAGCAAAAGCAAUAAGAUACUUAAAAUCAACCAGUGUGAGGUGCAUGCAGGAGAUGGUAUGACUUUCUGUUUGUUGCUGCCUUGCGCCAACAAAUGCUCUCAGGGAAUCCACAGGUUGCGAGGGUCAUUACUGAAUUUUGUACAAAUGGUGGUGUCAGUCAGUGAGUGUGCCUGCAUUGUGUGAAGGUUCUUCCUCAUCAUUCCUCGCUGGUCACAGACUGGGAGAUUUUUUCUGACUUGGAGUCAACACUUGUCUCGCUCAUUUAUUCUGCAUGAAUGUUUCACUGUUUGGUUAAAUUUGAAAAUAACUGUUACGAAUUGGUUCAUUUUUAUAAUCCAAACUUAUGGAUUUUAAUUUUGCAGGUAAUAAUAGGUAAUUAGCUUUUUUCAUCAUUUAUUUUAUCAGAAUAAGAUAUCUUUGUUAUUAAACUAAGGAACAAGAAUAUUUACCCAUCAUUUGUCUUGCCCCCGAUCCAGCUUUAUGUAAAAAUGCUUGGCAUUAUACUAUCCUCAUCUUAACAACAAGGAAUGUGGGGACUGUGGGUGUGUUUGCGGGGAUAGUUUUAACGUAUCAAUGUGUGUGUUCAUGUAUGCAUUCAUUUUUAUGCUUAUGGUACACAUACAGAUCAUGCAUACAUGCAAGGAUGCUACGUUUAACCUCACCUUUUAAUGCCUGCUGUUUAUAUUGGAAGUUUACAAAAUAUCACAAACAUCUUGCCGGAUACACCAGUUUAUUUAAUUAGUAAAGUCAUUAACAUAAAAUUAGCUCUAGCUUUCUGGAUCAUGAAAGAUUUGAAAUGCCACAACCUCAUUAACACCACCUGCACCACGCAUCGCCUUUACCUCCAUCACUGUGUCUUGCACUGCUUCUUGUGUUUCAUGUUCCUGUGCAAUUGACCAACCACUUCUUUUGUUUCACGAUGAUGCCAGCAUGUUGUUUCCCAAUCAGUGCUAUAGUGUUUGAGAGGAAGAUGUUAGCAAGUUAUUUUACUCCACAUUGCUGUUAUGUGGGCCAACAGUUUAUAACUCCAUGCAUGGCAUAGCAGUCCUUUUGAUUAAUUUGUUCGUACAAUGGCAAGCUUUUUGUAUCAUUAAAAUGCACAAAUAUUAAAAAAUAUUUAUAUAUACAGUAAUAUGCAGCGUUGCCCUUUUUAAGGUUUCUUUAAACUCUCUUAAAAAGAAGACUACAAGGUUUAGUUGUAUCAUUUUUGAACUGGGAAGUUAUACCAGCAGCCAUUAUACAAGGAAUUUAGAGAAAGAGAUUCUCAGAAAUAUUAAAAUGCUCACUGGAGAAAGACAAGCUCUGUAUAUGCGUGCUGUGCUACAGGGACCUAUAUGGCUAAAAUCUUAAAACAGAACAGUACUGACUGCAGUUUUACUCCUAGCAACAGCAUUGAUAAUUUACAUUUUGGUUUACAGUGUGUUGUAUUAUCAUUGCUGUCAUCUGAUUCUGUGCUUAGUGUUCCUUCAUGUGCAGGCGCAUCUACAAAUCAGGAGCACUUUGGACUAUGAAGCAUGUAUGUCCUUACUGAUGGUGAGCAUGAAGUGCUUGCAACAAAUUGUUGAAUAUUACUAGUCAUCUGCUGCUUUUCGUACCAACAUUGUUUGCUGCAAGAUACUGCGAACUUGUGGCAAGUGAGGUGUUUGAACUGAACUUGUUAUUGUUCUGGAGACUCAACCAAACAUGCACCAUAAACCUGGAAAAAAGAGAUAUUACUGCUAUACAUACUGGAUUGCAAUAAAAUUGUUUCUUUCUUUUACCAGACAUCACAAGGCAUAAUGGAAAGACUAUGUAUUAGAUUUUGUGUGUGUGUGUGGAGGGUAGGUAAGUGAAAUAAGUAUCUUUUUGGUUUAAUUGCUGGAAUUGUUUUACUGGUGACAUGAAUGGAUGUGAUAUUUGUAUAUAUAUAUAUCAGGUGAUUUACAUAAAUGUGCACAUUAAGGUUGAAAAGCAACUUCCAGGGAAACUGUUACUAAAGAAUCACAAAGACUCCUCUGUAAAAACAAUUGUAAAGAAAGAUUAUAAGUAUUAAUCAUUUUAAAAAACAAGCUUUAAAAACUGGAUACACAAUGUCCAGCAAAAAGAGCAUGCUGGAGGUUGUUGCUGGUUCUCUCUUUCCUGUUUCCCCCAGAUGUCUGAAGGUGUGCAUAGAUCUGUGACUGUUACAUGUAAAGUUUUGGCUUGCUGGUUAUUUCUGACUUCCUGUGUAGGGAAAACAUCUGGCAGCUUAUGUCUAGGCUUGCAUUGGGCAAAAGACUAAAGUGUAGGUCAGAUGUGGAUUACACUAAGCAUUUACAGACAAAAGUCUGACAAUAACGUGGCCAAAAGUGUUUGUCAUCUCUUUUAUUGUGAGAAACAACAAUGUAUUGAAACAUGUUCCAUGAUAGAGAAAUCAUCAUUUUUUUUAAAAUCAUGGCAACCAUGUUUUAGCAAAAGAUUGGUAUAAUGUCCAUUUAGACAAUCAUUUCAUUUGCACUGCAUAUGUUGUGUGUUUUCAUGUAUGUGUGUAUGGGCUGGGGGUGAUGAUAAUGAAGUUUUGUCACCCAUCAGCAUUUAAGUGCUGUCAGUAUUCUCAUCCAAAAAUAUAUAAAUAUAUUUCAUGCCCUAAAGCAUCAACACUCUCCACAAUAACCUAAGAUGCCACAUCAGCAUUAAUUGCAUUUUAUUGAAUGUCCCACAGUUAAUCGAACAAGGAUAUUAUACACCAGACAUUGCUUUAGCUUUGCCAGUCUGGAUCCAACAACCUGCUGAUCACAUUUAAGUUUUGUAGCAAAACUGGGUUGGCAGUGGAACACAUGUUGUCUUGUAUACAGUGAUGGGAUAGUUGCCAGUGUAUUGUGUGUUGGCAGUGUACCGUGAUCAUUGCCACACUGUAUCACAUUGUACACCUUGAUAGGGCUGACUGCAGGGUCUUAUGUUUAGUAGGUCACAUACUCAUUUUUAUAGGAGUAACUGUUUUUCAGCUUGUGAGAAAAGUGGAAGGGCUUUUAUGUUCAUCAAGCCACCAGAAGAAAUAGCAGCAGGCAGAAGAGAGAACUUGAAGUACAAUGAAAAUUCAGCAGUGCCACAUUAUCAGUAAUUUAUAAAGACUUCCCAAAACCUAAAAGAAAAUGUAAAUAACAGUAAGUUUUGUUUGAUGUAAUAUAAUCUGUAGGUCGUGUAUUAUAUCUGUCUUCUCAACCUUUUACUUGUUGUGAAAAAUCCUGUUUGUUGUCAAAUCACCUGUUAAAUUGUUCUUCAGAAAAUUGUAUUCCUCUCCUAAACUUUACCCAAGUUGCUAACCUAUCUUGUAUAAUGAUAUUGUUUAUUCUAGAGCUGAUUGAAGCCAUUGUUAUUAAGAUGUAACAGAACUGGAGAGGAAGAGAUAAUGAUUUAAGAAAACAAAGCAUUUAUGUUUUUGCUUGCUCAAGUGAAUAUUUACAUAAUGUGUGCUCCUAUGGAAAUGAUAUUUGAUAUUUGAUCUUGUUAAAAGUAGUCUGGCAAAAGCAUCAAAAGAAUUUAUUUUGAGCAUUUAUUUGAUCUGAACUUGCUCCAUGUUUGAUCAACAGCAUGAUUUUUGUUAAUGGACCAACAGUUACCACUUUUUCGCCCCUUUUUUUGGUGUGGCCUACAUUUUCUUUAAUAAAAAAUGACCAAGGGACUGUGCAUAUAAGUACACUAUGGGCUGUGUGGAAACCAAGGAGCAUAUACGGGAACUGAGGUUACAGACAGUAACUGUGGUCUGUUCAGGGAGGGGUCGCCACUUUGUAUUAAUCUAGAGACAUUUAAUCCAUGAAAAGUGGUGGAAAACCUUAGUGAAUUUUUUUCUUUCCCAUGGUCCUUAAUGUUCAUAAUAUAAACAAGCAUUGCAAGUGUUUUUAUAAAUGGUAAGGCUUUCCUCAAUUACUUACAUAGCACACCCCAGGUAUUAGUAAAAUCUGUCCUAGAUACACUUGACCAGCAACAAGUUAACAUCAAAGGUGGUUUUACAAACUUUCCCUGACUUCUGCCCAGGAUAAGAUGAUGCUUACAGUGUGUUAGUGUUUGCAUGCAUGAAAAUCAAGUACAUUAAAAACGCUAAUGUUUCAACAGCCAGAAUUUAGUAGCAACAUGUAACAUGAUCAGAAUGGGCUAGCUCUUGAUACCUAGUAAUUCUGACCAGGGAAAAAUCAUGUUAGCUUGGUGAGUCGCUUGUCAGAUAAAGAAACAACACAGGGUACUUUAUGAAACAUUUCUGUAGGCAGCAUUUGGAGAAAAGAGGAAAUGAAGAAACAAGGUGCGUGCAAAAGAGGGUAGCAUGCAUAAUGUAGUCUUCAUAUGAAUAUUGCACAGGCUCUGUUUUCUGUGUCUGCAUAUUGCAUAUAUCUGCAAACUGUUGAAUUCGCGAGACUAUUAUGAUGCUUUUAUGAUUGUGGCCCCAACCCCCUCCUGGAGUCCUGUUUGGCCAGAAUUCCUGAUCUGUUGUUGUGAAACCAGAUGCUCACAGAUUUAUUUUUGGUAGUAAAGAGUUAGCUGUACCAAAGAACAUCAUGCCAGCACUUUUUAAGGCACAGCACUUCUGAAAAUGCACAGUGUAUUCUAUUUUUCUUGGGUAUUUUGUAUCAGUUGAAAAGUUGUGACUCCAGAACAGUUUCUGACAGCACAAAAAAUACACAGCAGUUUGCUUCAUACUGUGUUUCUACAAGGUAAAAAAGAUUUUCCUAAAAUGGAGUUUGGUAGGUCAGGUCAGUCCCAUGCCCGGUCCGGGCGUAGUGGGGACCGUCCGGCAGCAGCAACAGACAUAAUUUUCCACCCGGUCCUGUCUUGCUCAAGACAGGACCGGGUGGAGUUUGGUAGACGGCUGCAGCUAUAUAGUCUCUGUGACCUUUUUCAUUACAUGGGUCUUUGAAAUCUAGUCUUGCCAGGUUUCAAGAAGCAGGACCUGUGUUGAUUUGUCAGGAUUGUCAUCUCAAAGCUGCCACUGCAUAUUUUUCAAGUAAUUUCAUUGCAGUUGUGUCUGUCAAUAAGACACACAAAAGGCUCUUUUUAAUGUGCUUUUUAUCUUUUUUGGAUGGGAUCAUUUUAUUGCUCCACGUAUUAUAGUUUUUACUGAUGAAAUGCUGCUAAUGGGUCAGACAUGCAAAAUUUGAACUCCACAACACAAAACUGUGAAGAUGGAAUAUGAGCACACAGUAAAUAGAUGUGCUUUUGUUUUAUCAUCAGAAUGUAUUUUUAGAUAUCUUGGACAAUGUUAUCAUGUCUCUUUACAAGAGGCUGUUAUUUGCAACCCAGAACCUUUAACAAAAACUGGAGGAAAAAUUUUUGUAGUUUUCUUUAAAUACACUACCUUAAUAUUUGAUGUUUUUAAAAAAAUGUUUUUCUUCAUUGCUCCUGUUUUCAUGUGACACUAAAUUACAUCAAAGUUCCACUGUAAAAUCUCUACUUCAUUCCACAUACGAGGUAGUGCUUUUAAAAAUAGAAACAAAAAUGGUAGGACUAUGUUACUUGUAUCCACAUGUGGUUUAGUGGGAGAUUGGAGGAAUGGGGACUCCAGUUUUUGUCACUUUAUUAUCACUGCCUACCUGUUGUGCAACAGAAGUGCCAGUCCCAAUCUUGAUAGCCUGUGCUCAGUGCCACAAACAGAAUCUCUUGCAUGUCUGGGUGCAUUGAUGAACCUGAAGAUCAAAUGUCAUCAUUCAGGCACAACAAACAGUGACUUAUGCCAGUAAUUAUAAAAGAAUGUAUUUCCCUUUCUGGUUAAGGUGAUGAACAUAAUAUGCUCAUAGCAGCAUUGUUGCUGCUGCCAGUCUUGAUACUAUCAUCCUCCUGUAACAGGCCAGCUAUGCCCAUUUAGUUCACUUACCCUUUACUUGAUGGUUUUUAUGUAUACAUUCUGUAUGCAGUAUACUUACAUGAUUGUAAUCAUGUCUUUUAUAUUAAUUAAACUCAGUAAUAAUU